AUGGCUCAGGAGACGGAGCAGGGAGAGAAGGGAGAGAAACAGUCGAGCGCGGUCGUCGAAAAGGCAAGGAAUACCGCGAAACCUCCCGGCACGGAUUAUAGCCUCACGCUCUUUUCCUUUUCCUUUUCUUUUCCCUUUCCCCCGCCCGCCCGCAAUUUCCCCAUUGCAAUAUUCGUCCUUUCCCACUCCGACACCGCCCGCCCCGGCCACCGCCCCGAACUCCCCCGGCCCGCAGCGCCCUCUCUCUCGUUCCUUGUGCCUCAGCCUGAGCACAGCGCCCACACGUGUUGCCCACCACCGCACUCGUCCUCGGCUCCUCGUCCCGUCCCCGUCCCCACCGUCCCCCACAUUUCUUAUUUUAUUCCCCCAAUAAUUCAGUCCGCGUCCACGCCCUCUUUUCGCCCCGACAUCCCCCCGCGCUCCCACCCGCCUGCGGGGGCGUGCACGCUCCCACCGCCCAAUUCAGAGCCCCCUUCUCUCGGUGUACACACACUCCACACAAAGCAGAACGCGCACUUCAUCUCCGCAGGCCCCCUCCUCGAGGCGGCUCAUAUUACGGCCCACACGGGCUUCGCGCUGCAUGCACCAACGGCCCACGCCUGCCUGUCCGUGACAUUGCAGGACCGCAGAAGCCUUCUCUCUCUGAUGCGGACUCUGAAUCCGUCCCAACGCCUGAUGCAGACGGACGCUGAUGGACGCGCACCGAACGUGCUUUCGCCUUCCAAGACACUCCAAAAACCCGCGCUAACGUACCUGCUGUUCCGAUCCACGCUUCUCCCUACAUACGUCAGCCGCGACCCGUCCCAGUUGGUCGUCCUUCCCAUGCCUCCACGGAGGCCAGCCACCCCCAGUCCAAUCUCGGAGCGGAAGCUGAAGCCCUCGCUUUUUGACCCGAGCGCGACGACAGGCGGUCACGAGAACAGGCGCAAACGCCUCGAGGUCGUGCUGGGAUUCAACUCGCACCCCGCGCGUCGGCUCCCUGCACGGCGCAACACAACAAUUCCCCGUUUUGGAUAUAUUCUACGGUGGCAAUCCUCUUCGCAUGGCGCACCCGCGAGCUCGAACGUUCUGCUUGGCCCUUCGAGAUGCCGGGCGGGGUGCGAUUCGCUGGUUCCGCUGCGUAGCACCAUCAAGGCCCUCCUGCUGUCCCAUCAUCGCCCAACGUGGUGCGCAGCCUCCCCCCGUCCAGCGUCGCUCGCUCGCGCGUCUCGGGUGGCGGUUGCCAACCCCACCACGCCGGCUGGCAACUGUAGUCGAAUUCCUUUUGAUGCCCAAGCCGCCAACGAGCGACAUAAUCCGCAGGCCCACACGGGCCAGCGCUUCUUUGUUCCGUUCGAUCAGAGCACUCCCGGGCGUCCACCCUCGAAGAUCCGGGUGGAAGCGUAUUAG